AAUCUGAUUGCAAAGUGUAAACUUUGUGGGAGAGUGAAUUCACUUGAUAUUGUUAAAGAUUCCUACAAACCGUAUUCAAUUGAUGACAGUGAACAGUAUCAUCCAAUCGUUAAAUUCGAUUGUCGCGGUGUGGAACCGACAGCGUUUGAUCCGAGAGUUGGAUGGAAGGCUGUAGGUACGGAGUCUGGCACUCCCUUCGACGAUAUCGACUUGUCUGAAAAGGAAUGGGCUGACUACGAUGAGAAGGCAUCGGCAGCUACGGAAAUAACUGAAGUGUGUGCGCGUUUUGUGCUGUCGAAGAAGUAG